CAACACUACUAUAUAACAAAUAAUUUGAGUUAAGUAUAUGAUGCUGGUUACGUAACAUGCAGAAUGUGAGGACGACACUACUUACUACCAUUAUUCUCCCUCUUUUUCUACAAGUCAUCCAAACAGAGACAAAGGUCAGCAGUUAUGAUGAUUUAAGCUGCGGUACACUGCUUGGUGAUUAUCGAUACUGUCUGGACUAUUCCAACAAAAGUCUUACCAAACCUCCUGAAGGGACCAAUGUCACAAGCAUAUUGAACUUAAGUAACAACAAGAUUAAGACGAUAGGGGAGGAGAGGUUCAAGAGUCAACGACUUCUCAUGAAACUGGAUUUAUCGCAUAAUGAUAUCAGUAACAUCGACCCUGACGCUCUAAAGCAUCUCAAAUCGUUAACAGAGAUUAAGCUUGGGAACAACCCUUAUGUUUGUGAAGCUAGCAUCUGUUCCUUUAGGAACUGGCUCUUUGGUAACAUGCACAUGGUUAAGGAUAUAAAGUCUGUAACAUGUAUUGGUCCUGUUGCUCUCAGAGGCCAGAAGAUCAUAGAGUUGGACGCGGACUCUGUUUGCAGUAAUGGGACGAUUCACCACGGCUUUGAAAUCAAUACAGGGACGGUAUUUAUGAUCUGGAUAGUAGUUCCCAUAAUGAUAACAACCCUAACUGCAUUCUACAUUGUUCUCAACGGCAACAACCGAUUCGGCCGUUCCGUGCGCAGCUGCUUUUUGAUUUGCUGCCAGCGGACAAGGCCCCCCAUCCGGGCACAGCGAUCUCCAGACAGGAACAUUAAUCAGGAUACGCCAGAUGCGGGGAGUAGUCCGGGGCGGAACAGUACUCGGAAUCAUUUCUCUGGGAGUGUGUACGGGGAGGAAAACUUAGCUCCAGUAGAAAAUGUAGAACGUGUGGAGAUGGAGGAUGUUAGACCCGGCCCAUCAAAUGCUUCCUCGGGUUCUUUUUGGUAGAUGGGAAACCAAUGGUUUUGUUUUAUAGGCACUGGAGGUAGCGAUGUUGCCUGACUUCGGGUGACCAGAUUUUUUUUUCGUUCGUUGUUCAUUGUUCUACUAUUGAACUCUGUAAGACUCAGGUGACACGUGAAGCUUGGAACAAAAGACAAUUGAUGGACCUGUUCAUUUCGUGAUAUCAGCGGUUCUAAACGCCUCUCUCGGAAGCAUCAUGUAGUUGAGCAAAUUGAUGGUAGAUUUAAUGCGCUGGUUGGUUUAAUACGUAAAUAAGAAAAGCAGUAUGAUGUAUAUUUUGAGAAUUUGCUGAUAUGUAACCUUCAUGAUAAAAAUUAUCCAUUUAAGUCUUGGAUAAAUAAUCCCUUGACCCUCUUACUAUCGUUAGUUUGUGUGGCAGCUGUACGCGUAAUCGUAUUAAUUAUAAGUAUAUGGAUCAGAUUAUAUCUUUUUUUCGUUUUUCUUUUUUCAAUUUUGUUUAAGUGUGGUGAGUCAAAUUGUUAGAGUUUACUAUACUUUUAAUUAUCAUAAAAUUGGCGACACUGGCGGAUACCUUUUUUUCCUCUUGAAACAUUACUUUAUGGUCAAAAAUGUUUGUUCACUACUGAAUAGAAGGGACACAGCUAGUGGCGAAGGCUGGUGCAUAAUUGGUGGCGAAGUUUUUGAAAGAAUUAGAAGACACCUUUUGCUGGUCGGUCCAAUUUACAGUAGAUAGUAGAUUGAGUUAGAUGACUAAGAAUAAUCCUUUUCUGUGGUUGAGUCUGCCUGAAUCGAUGGUGUUGCAGAAUGCAGACUCGGAACUAUCAGUUGUAUUUCCUGAAAAUGCGACAAAGCAACGAUGGGGUAUAACAUUAACAUGGAGGAUUAACCCUUUGUCCCCACUGGCACUAUUAAAAUUUUGUAGCUUAUUCCAAUUUCCCUUAAUAAUAAUUUUUCAGUUUGCUUUAAUGGACAGUAGUCACUUUGAUAAAAUGGGCUAUUUUUAUAUGUAUUUUUAAUGGGGAAAUUUAUACACUAAAGUUGAGUAAAUGUUAAUAAUUGUAACCAGAGAGAAUGAGAAUUGUUUCGAUCGUGUGCUGUGCCGAGAA